CUGUUGUGAUUGUAGUCGCUCAUCUAUAGAGCUGAAAGAGAGUUACAUUGAAGCUUUCAAUAGGACCUAACGGGAUCAUUACAGCAUGUUGAAUGUUUAAUCCCGGACAUAAAAGAUUGCAGAUAUAAUCUGUCAGAGGAUUAAGGUAUAGGUCAACAGCUGCCAGCUUGGCGGGGUGGAGCGUUUCCUGGCCUGAAUGCGAACCGACUGCAGCUGGAGCAUGUCCACUGCAGGCUUGACUGCCCAGGAGAUUUGUUUACCCGCGCAAAAUCUUUUCCCGCGGGACAGCCAUUGGUAUAGUAUGGCCGGAGCUAAGCCCUCUUGGAAAUACCAUGAUCUACACAACUUGUACUUCACCCUUGAUACUUCUAUGGAUUAUAACCUUCAGUCCAAGCAACAGGUGCUGUCAUCAUAUUCAGUAGGAGACAAACAGCGGACUCCCCAUCUUCAUUCACCAAACAGCCCAGGAGGUCAGCCCUUGCCCCCCAAAAAGUCCAAACCUUCCCAGCUCACCCUGCUUCCAGACCCUUUUACAUCCAGCCCUGUUGAGGAUGACCAGGUGGUUCCCUGCUUUCAACGUCUAACUGUAUCGGACCGCAUCAGCCCUCCUCAGACACCCAGCCGAGCCACCAAGCCCCUUCCUCCUAUUCCUGGCUCAGUCGAGAAUUCCCUGGAUCAGGCCAUGGACAAUGAAGUUGAGUUCUUCAAUGGAGAAGACAAUCACUGCCUAGUUUCCGAACCUUGCUCCAAACACACUUCAUUCCGCUAUGGAAUGCCCAGCAGGAGGAGUUUAAGGGGUUGUGGACUGAUUAACUAUGCAUACUACGAAGGUCCAACACAGCAGAAGGAGCAACCACAUCCACAAACUCAACCACAGAAGCCAAGGCAGGAGCUCGAAACCCAACAAAGGGAACAAGAGCUUCGCAAUCACCACCACGAGCAGCAACAACAACAACAACAGCAGAACUGCCUCCGACAGCAGGAACGAACGCAACGGAAGCUACGACGCUCCCAUUCCGGCCCUGCUGGCUGCUUCAACAAACCCACUUCUUUCCGACUGUCCAGUCACAAUCGGAACUUGCAAGGCUUGGAUAAACCUGAGGUUCCUCCUAGAGUUCCGAUCCCCCCACGUCCAAUUAAGAUGGGAGACUACCGGCGCUGGUCAGCUGAAGUCUCAUCGGGGGCGAACAGCGAUGAUGAUAGACCUCCUAAAGUGCCCCCUAGAGAACCUCUAUCUGAUUGUAGCUCCCGUACCCCUAGCCCCAAGAGUCUCCCGAUGUACCUCAACGGGAUCAUGCCCACUACCCAAAGCUUUGCCCCGGAUCCCAAAUACGUCAGUCGUGGUUUGCAACGACAGAAUAGCGAAGGCUCCCCGUGCAUUCUACCUGUCAUGGAGGAUGGCCAGAAAGCCAGCACCACCCACUACUUCCUUUUACCACAACGCCCCGCGUACCUGGACAAACAUGAGAAGUAUUUAAUGGAUAGCAUGGUGAGUCGAGGCACUGAUGCCUCUGAUUCAAAUUCAGACUUGGACUGUCAAAGCAAAAGGAAAACGACACGCCAAUUAGACUGGGUAUGAAAGAACUAAGACAUCACUUGUGAUGUGUCGUCGCUUUGCGGCUUUGUCGCAGUCGUUAUCGUUAGUUUUAACCUAGUGUAAAUUGGAGCAAGUUACGUACGAGUUGCAGUUACUGGGAUUUCAUUUUUGCUCACAAAAUGAAAAAUGUUCGGACAGUUCACGGCUCUUUGGACGAGCUCGGAAUAUGUUUUUUAUUGUUUCAUUGUUAUGUGAAACGUAAGUGUUGAAAUGAUAACGUGGUGCAGUUGUUUGGUAUUAGCAGGUCUGGUACCUCCUUACUUCAGUGUUUUUGAGUGUUGUACAUGCAUUUUUUUUGUAGUCUCUUUAUAUUGCAUUGAAGAAACUUUUUGUGUCUCAGAGCUUGGUUUUCUGAUCACAGGGACAUAAGGUCAGUAAUGCUUCUGUACGUUUUUGUCGUCUACCAUAUAUGAAGUAUAAAAUGGCCCAACGUCUUUUGAGGCCAGCAUUUUAAGUGAAGGGUAUUCCAUCUUUGACUAUCCCAUGGCGAAUACUGCAUGCAUAUUGCAUUUAAGCAUUUAGCUGUUCUUUUGUUAGACCAGCACUCUCAGCUUUUGUCUGGACUCGCUUUUUAUUUUUUAUUUUGUUUUUUGUCUAAGUGGCCUGUCUGUACAUCAGGUAGUCUCGAUUAUUUGUGUUACAUAGGAACAGGCUGAGUAUUGCUUUUCUGUUGUGAGUGGUGUGAGUGAUACAGGAGAGCUUGAAUGUGUUACAUUGCCCAAUUUUUGGCAAUUUUUAAAGCUUUUAUAAGCUGCUUAAGACAGAAAUGUUGCCCUCUGAAUGAGAGUAUUCCCAAUCCUUGGCUUCUUACUGAGGUGUUGUGUGUCGAGUUCUUUUGUUGCACAAAAAAAGCCAAUACUUGUGAACCUGUGAAUGUGUUUCUCUCGUCUUUUACAAUGCUGUCUUCACGUGAAGCUGUAAGCCAUUGUCUGGAAUAGGAUUUUCUCAAGUACUACCUCCCAUUAUAGUUAUAGUUCUUCUUAGAUACCCAACUGUGGAUUACAAAGACUCAACAAGUACACAUGGCACUGUAUUUAACCCUACAUGAAGGCAUACAAAGAAACAAUAACCCCCUAUCUAUAUAUUUGAAUGGUUGUCCUAUUUGAAACAGUCAGUUAUGAACACUUCCUAAAAGAAAAACAAAUCUUCGACCGAUUUUAAGUGCUAUGUGGAGUUAAAGUCCAUGCGUUAUGCAUUUGGCCGAACUCACAAAUACUGAUUUUCCUGUUACUGUACUUGCAUUCCUGUCAGGCGUGAUUACAGUGGGUGUGGGCACCUGAGACUUUGGCUGCUGGCAGCUGGUGAAUGAGAUGUUUUAUUAUUAUAUAUCGUUUCCAGAACCAUCUUGAUAACUCAGUAAAUGUAGCAAGUGCCAUGCAACAAAAAAAAUAGAGGAAAGUAAGAUUAAAAAACAUGCUGUUUAAAAGGUUUGAUGUCAAGUGCACCUUACACCUCACAAAGGGACAGAAACUCAACUGAUGCCACAUUUUCCCCUUUAUUUUACCGGUUUGUGUAACAAGAAAUGUUUACAUUGUAUGUUUUUAUUUUUUUAUUAUUAUUUAAUCUUUCACUAUGUCUUAACCUGGCAAAAAAAAAAAUGAAGGCAAGUUUAAAGGGAUAUUUCAUUUUUGCUGAACUAUCCCUUUAAGAAGAAAUAGACAUCUCUGCUGUGGAAUAUAUAGACUUAUAAAAAUAAAGGAAAGUGCACUGAGAA